UUGCGACAUAAAAUCGCAGAAUCGUCACACUUAACCAGCGUAGGCCAUUUUAAGCUUUCACAUGAGUUGUUGAUAGCGUUAAGAGCGAGUUUUGGAUGCACUUUAAUUCAAGACAGCUUCUAAAACUGCGGUCAAGAGAAUGAGAUGUGUAGGGUUGACGACCCGUCGGUAAUGCCCCUCCACGUUUGAGGUUAUCUUUGUACAGGUUCUUUUGUAACGCACUGUCCAGUUAUCUGUACAUAUUGAGAUAAAACUAUCUCAUUGUUCCAAUGUCUUUCUCUUUAAACAAACAAAUAAUUCUAUGAAUCAAAUGGUUAGAAAGAAACCCUUCGAGAUAGGUAGGUCAGUUUCGGACCCUACCUGUGGAGAGGGGAAAAGGGUAAGAAGAAUACGUCAAGAAGAAGAAGAAAAACGAAGUUCUGUUCUGUUCUCUCAUCAUCUGUCAAAGGAAAAGGUGAGCUGAGUGUGUAAAAAGAGCCAAUCAAAGAGACAGACUAGAAAAAGUCAAAUGUUUUACGAGAGAGGGCUCCUUUAUUUUGUAGCAGAUUACCUGUUUUGAUGGCGCUGUUACAAGGAACUCAUGGCUGAGGUGGACCAGAGGAUCAUGAGCCGUGGCACCAGUCCUUCCAAAGAUGGAAAGCCUCCCUACAGUUAUGCGGCUCUCAUACGCCUUGCCAUUAGCAAUGCUCCUUCUGGCAAGAUGACUUUAAACGAAAUUUACCAAUAUAUCAUUCAUGCUUUUCCAUAUUAUAGAGCAAUUGGAACUGGCUGGAAGAACUCCAUUAGACACAAUUUGUCUUUAAAUAAAUGCUUCACUAAAAUAUCCCGCACUAAGGAUGACCCUGGUAAAGGGAGCUAUUGGAUCAUAGAUUUCAAUUAUAAUAAUGCUGAAGGUGGAACAAGGAAGAAACGCCCAUCUUUGUCAUCAUCUGCCUCAUCAGCUGGACGGCAUCCUCCAGCACCAUACAGCCCAGAGUGCAGCAGCAAUAGUAGUGAUUUUAUACGCCAGCCAAAUCAGCCUAAUGUGAGUUCAGCUGGUGGAGAAAAUGCCCAGGAAGCGAUCACAGAUAGCAAAACUAAAGAUAACACUUCAUCAGUAGCCGAUAAUGAGCCAUCUGAAGGUUGCAACAACCAUCCAGAAGAGGAGCAGUGUGUGGAUGAUUUAGACCUGUGUGAUGAGAAGGAGCUCUCCGCUGUUCUUACUGGAUUACUUUCUCAGUAUGGAAUGUUACCUUCUGAUGAAAUACCUCCGGACGGAGAAUGCUUGAGUAGUCCUUUCUCCGACUCUACUCAAUCUCAGAGUUCACGUGGUACUUUGUCUUCAGAACAACAGAACGAGUACAUGGAUUAUAAAUCAGACCUCCAAACAGUUCUUCCAGGUCCUCAGAGCUCAUUGAUAAAUUCUCCAUUGUCAGUUGAAGAUGAAAGCAAACAUCAGCCAGUUUGUGAAUCAAAACAUGUGAUACAAGUGCCUCAUCAAAGUGACCUCAACCAGAGUAGUCAGGGCUGUUUUAGUGUACCUUGUGCUUCUCAAAAUUACUCCCAUCAAAACCAGUUUUAUGGAGUAGACUCCCUGAGCUCGCAACCAAGCCAACCCGAUCCUCAAAUAAAUGUUCAAUCACUUAAUGGCUCUGGAUGGAUGCAAGAUUCUAAUUAUUACAGCAGUCACCCUAGUUAUUUUAGUGCAGAUAUCAGAGCAGCUCAAUUUAAGUCGUACUCAUCAUCACAGGACAGCAGAACUUCCCAGUUUAAAUCUUAUUCAUCGCAGUAUUACCCACAGAUGCAACAGCCUAUUAAUAACAACUGUUAUCAAUAUGCUACCCAUGGUUACCGUGCAUUUGUUGCUUCUCAUAAUUCAACAAAUCCAGUGGGUAAUUAUUCACAUCAGAACUCAUGGCUUAGACAAGGUGAUUCUGAUUUUAACUGGGAAAAUACACUAUAAUAUUAUUGAUUGAUAAUUUAACUCGUCAAUAUUAAUUAUAAUGUGUUUAUUUGGUUGUGUUCAAUGAGAAAGACUGAAAAAAGUAUGGUUUCUAUACCUUAUUUGCCAUUGUCAGAACUACGACAUUGAUUGUUAUUUGAAGUAUUGUAGUGUUAAACUUUUGUUAAUUUGAGCCAAGUUCUUACUGUUUUUCAUGUAUUGUCAUUUUGAUUGUGUUUAAGAGUUGUCCUCUUCAGGCGUUCCUUAGAUGUUCAAGUGUUUAUCUUUUAACUACUUACUGUUACUAAUAUAAUUCUGUUAUCUAAAGGUAAAUUGUGAUGUCUAAGCUUUGUUGUUUGUCUGGCACAAGAGAUUUAGAGAUGCCCUAAUAGAAAGUAUUAUCAUACUGUUUAUAAGAACCUGAGAAGGUUAUCUAAGAUGUGUUUAUAAUUUUGUCAGUUUGCUGUAUACCCAAUCUGUUGCAUUGGUUCCAUUUGAUGAACUCCGGCUUAAGUAAAAAUCUGUAAAUGUUUUUCAGUUUUUUCGUAUUUUUCCUGGCUUAGUACUUGAGUUUAUUUUAAGUCCAUGGUAACCAUGAUCUUAAAUAGUUCUGAAACUUUUUCAAAAUUUAAGGAAGCAUCUAUCUUCCCUACAAAUUUUGUUCUUUUUCCCGCCUUAUAACAAAAAUAAUAUGUGUAUGUAUGUUUGUAAGUAACCUGACCAGUUGAAUUUAGUUUGUGUUUUAGUUGGAAAAGAGCCUUAAGUUUAUGAUUUAAUGUGUGAUAAUUUUUUAGAUUUGGUGUUAAUGUUACGUUUAGCUCAACCACUAUAGUAAGUUAUUUAUACUGCAUUCAUUGAAACCAACUUUUAAAUUGCAAGGCAAAAGCCAGUGCAGCUUUUCCUGUAGCUUGCACCCAGUUAUAUUUCUUCGCACGGAGUCCUUUUUAUUUCAUUUUCCAGUUUGUUUGUUUUUACAUUUUAUCCAAUUUUAUCCAAUGCCAAACUACAAACUGAACAGCUUUUUGCAACAAUGUCAAGGCUAAAUAUUGUUUGUGUUUCUGUACUUAUGUACACUUGUAUAAAGUGUAUCUCAUACACUGGUUUAUCUUCACUGCAUAGUGCGAGAUCUUAGACAAAUGACCAACUACAGUAUUAUUAGUAAAAAGGUGGUUGUAUUGUCCAUUUGAACACAACCCUCUCAGUCCUAAUUUUAUCCAACAAAGUUACUCUGACCAGCUUUAUAAGAGUCUAGAUUUAUGAUAAUGUUUAAUUUUAUGUGUAACAUUUUAAGUAUUGUAGGAUUUUCUGUGUAUAUAUAAUUGUUUUGUUUGUUGAAUUUAAUUCAGAGUACCUUACAUGAUUUGUAAUGCUCAGUUUUUAUCAUCUAAUGUUCUUGUUUUUGUGUGAAAAAAGUAGAUAAAUCUCCUAAAUCUUGCCAGCUAUGGUAAAUUUUACUAUGCUCUCUUUGUUGUUUUUUCUGCUUUUGUUAUUAUUUAUAAGCAGGCUAUUGCAAUAUUUCAAGGAGUAUGUCAAUUGUUAUUUAAAAAAUGUUGUUUUAAAUGUUAUUGCUGUAGUUUGUAGUUUGUUCCUACUAUUUAUGGAAUUGAAUCUCAAGGUUUGGUCUGGAAACUUAUUAAGAAUGGAUGUAUCAGGGGUAGACAAAUUUUUUGAAGCAAAUGUCAAUGAGAGGAGACAAAACAAAAAUUUUCUUUUUCUGGUGUGAAACUGAAAACUGCAAAUCUUAAUGUUAUAGUUCAGUUCACACCCCCCCCCCCCCCCCAUUUAAGAAUAAUUCUUCAAAAUGUUGAAAUAUUGUUCUCAAGUUUCUGCCUGAAGUGUAUUUUUGAAAUGUUGGUGCAUGUGCACAGUAUCUCAAACUGGUAAUCAUGGCCCUACAAGCACAUUUUUUAAAGAGUUAAUGGUUAUGAUUUUUUAUUAUUUUAGACACUUUGUGGUCAAUGAAAUUUUUUUAGCCUGUACUACCAUUACAAUUUCUCCUUGAACAGUUGUCCAGCCUCAAACUAAGGAGGGCUUCAAGCAGUUACCUCUUUUGUGCGUCCAUGUUUCUAGGUCAGAUGUAUUGAAGUUCAAAAGUAGUUGUAUCUAUGCACAGCAUAUGCUGAUCUCAUGUGUUCAGUUGGAUUGCAGCUACAAUAGCAGAAUGUACCUGAAAAUUUGUUGUCUUCCGUGAGCACUACCGUCAAUUGUUCUGUGUAAUUUUAUAACCAUGUUAAAACCAAGCAAUCAUACUGAAGUUGCUAUCGUAGCUGCUUGUAUCAGUGUCCACCUUUCCCACCUACCUAGUUCCUAUUAGCUUUCCUACAGUCAUUUGCUCAAUAUUGGCUUGUCUGUGCCAUAUUCAAAUUUAUCUGUCAAAUUUGAAAUAAAGAAGGAAUAAUGGCAA